AUGGACUCCGCGCAGCUCAACGACCAGAUGAAAAUCACACAGGGUCUCGACAGCAAGGGCGCCGACGUUGACAAUGUCGAGAACCAGGUUCCUGCGGAUCCUAACGCGCCGCGGACCAUGAGUCCAGAGCGUCGCGUGGCUGUUGAGAAGAGCUUGAAACGCAAGAUUGACACGCGAUGCUCGCUAUUCGUGCUCAUCUACAUCAUGAACUACCUCGACAGAAACAACAUCGCAGCCGCCCGUCUUCGCGGUCUGCAAAGUGACCUCAACUUGAACAACACCCAAUACGCCACUUGCUUGAGUAUUCUGUAUGUCGGCUACAUUCUCAUGCAGGUCCCUUCCAACAUGGUCAUCAACAAGAUCUCACGUCCGUCUUGGUACAUCUCCGCUGCUAUGCUGGUCUGGGGUCUCAUCUCAACCCUGUCCGGCGUCACCACCAACUUCGGUGGCAUGGUCGCUACGCGUUUCUGCCUUGGUUUUGUCGAGGCCGCCUUCCUGCCCGGUGCCCUGCUUAUUCUAUCCAAGUGGUACACCCGCCGCGAGCUCAGCACCCGCAACGCCAUCCUGUUCUGCGGUAACCUCAUCUCCAACGCCUUCUCAGCCUUGAUUGGUGCCGGUGUCCUAUCCAACAUGCAGGGUGUCCUCGGCCACGCUGCUUGGCGCUGGCUUUUCUGGAUCGAGGGUGCCAUCACCAUGGCCGUCGCCAUCUCCGCCGCGUUCAUCCUUCCUGAUCUCCCUACCAACUCCAAAGGUUUUACUGAGGAGGAGCUAUACGUUGCGCAGCUUCGUAUGACUGAAGAUGUCGGUGAGGCUGAUGUUGACUCGGAUGAGAUGGGCCCAAUGGAUGGAUUGUACAUGGCUGUCAAGGAUGUCAAGAUCUACGUUAUGAUGAUUACCUUUACUGCUUACGUCGUUGGCCUGUCAUUCAACGCCUUCUUCCCCACUCUCACCGGUACUCUUGGCUUCAGCUAUGUCCCGACUCUGCUCAUGAGCUCGCCUCCCUGGGCCUUCUCCUGCAUCGUCUCCCUCAUCAACGCCUGGCAUGCUGAUCGUCAGCAGGAGAGAUUCUGGCACAUUGUCGGCCCCAUCUGCGUCGGUCUCGUCGGUUUCGUCAUCUCCAUGUCAACCCUGAACGUCGCCGCCCGCUACGUCGCCCUCUUCCUCCAGGCCAGCUCGUACGCCGGCUUUAUUGUCUUUUACUCCUGGAUAUCCUCUUCCUUUCCUCGUCCUCCUGCCAAGCGUGCCGUCGCGAUCGCUAUGAUAAAUGCCUUCUCCCAGCUGGGCAAUAUCGCCGGAUCCUACGUUUGGAGUCUCUCAGACAACGGAUUCCGCAAGAGUUACGGUAUUGUCACCGCCAUGUUCGGCGCCACCAUCGUCGGUUGCUACAUCUUCAAGGUCAUCCUCGAUAACCUAAACAAGAAGCUCGAGGCUGGCGAGCGCGCCUGGGAGGUCCACGGGGACGUUGCCCACCAGACCGCCGAUGUCACUAAUGGCGACGAGAUUGAGGCUGCUCGCAUGAUGGGCAAGGGCUUCAGAUACCUUGUCUGA